UUUUGCUGUAACGUACCUUUUGAGGCAUCUUGGUUCAAAAACGAACGCUGGAGCAGCAUAUCCAGAACCUUUUACGAUACCGCGGGACACUCUGACGUUGUAGCAACGUUGAGCCAUAGUCGUAUCGGAGUGCAACAAUGCUUAGCACCCAAUUACCAGAUCGAAACCUACUGGAGAACGGUCCAGAAGACGAGGACAGCAGUACAAUAUUAGCAAGUAAACCAGAAGAUAUGCUGGACGAACCACAUCCGAAACCGAGGGAUCCUGCUUCCGUCAACGACUACAAUGAAAGUAAUAGGAAUGACUCCACUUUGGGGCUUCAACUUCCUUCAUCGUUGGAUCUAUUAGCUCAUGCAGCAACCGAGUCAUUUACACGAAAGCGAAAGAUGAGCGAAAGUGACACUGUGGAUAAAGAGAAAGACGGGAGUGUCGAUGACAGUAAGAGAUGUCGAGCCGAUCAAGUGUCUGAAUUGCAUUCCCAAGAUCCGACCCUUCUUUUCAAUCUACUCACACAGGAGCGUUCCAACAAUGCCAGUCUCAUCAAAGAUUUGGAGCUCCUACAUACAUCACAUGCCGCCAAAAACCUCCAUAUCACUCAACUGGAAGCGGUCAACGAAGAGCUGGUAAACCUACUAGUGGAGAGAGAUCGAAGAAUCGAGGACCUAGUCAGGGCUCUUGUCGGUGGCGCUGGUUCAUCUUCCGCGGCAGCACCCAGAUCUGAGCCUCAUAUAACCACCUCUAUAACCCUCAAACCCAGCAAAACCAUCAUCGCAAACGUCCCAACCACUCCAACUGACAGCUUACCCCCAACCCCCGAUACUACUAUCAUAAGCCCCCAACAACCACCAGCGCUCUCAACAGCAAACUGGGGUGGCAUCCCAGUCUACCAGCUCCAUCUCGCAAGCACAACGAUCAUGCGCCGAAAAACGGAUUCUUGGAUCAAUGUGACCCACGUCCUCAAAGCUGCAAAUAUUCCGCGUGGAUCUCGUUUGAGAAUUUUGGAGAAGGAAAUGCAUACUGGCGAACAUGAGAAGAUUCAGGGUGGGUACGGAAAAUAUCAAGGGACCUGGGUCCCGCUUCACCGUGCUUACAAACUGGCGGAACGGUACGGCCUGCUACAAACGCUGAGUCCCAUAUUCAAUGUGGAAUGUUUUAUCAGAGAAUAGCUGAAAGAAGACAACGCGGGCCGCUUCAAUGGAUUCAGCAUAGUCGAAAGCAUUUUGGAUGUAUUUAGGAAGAAAUACAAACGUCUACUCAUUGCACGCAUAAA